AGCAAUUUGCCUUUCCAGCAAUUGCACAAUAUCAUCAUGGCCGCGAACCCCUCUCCCCGCGAGCGCAAGCCCUCGACGAGCGCUCCGCUCUCUGAUCUGCAAGGUCCCGUUGGCCCCGCCUUUACCCGCCCAAAGCACAAGAGGACGGUAACUGGCUUUGGCCCCAGUGAUAUCAAGACUGUCGAGGCGAGCAUCCCAGAGCCUCAGCGUGAGGCCUGGAAGAAGUUUAUGCCCACGCCCUUUACUACAGCAGACGACUUUACCAAAGACACUGUUCGCCAUAUCGAGACGACGCUUGCUCGCUCGCUCUUCAACUGCGAUGAAAAUGCUGCAUACGCUGGAACGGCCCUGGCCUUCAGGGACCGUCUUGUCUUGGACUGGAACAAGACACAGCAGAGUCAGACCUUUGCUGACCAGAAGCGCGUAUACUAUCUAUCACUUGAGUUCCUCAUGGGCAGAGCUUUGGACAACGCCAUGCUCAACGUCGAGCAAAAGGAGACUGCUACUAAGGGUCUCAGCGACCUCGGAUUCCGUAUGGAGGACAUCGUCUCCCAGGAGCACGAUGCCGCUCUUGGAAACGGUGGUCUCGGUCGUCUUGCCGCCUGCUUCCUUGAUUCCAUGGCAUCCCUAAACUACCCAGCCUGGGGUUAUGGCCUACGAUACCGUUACGGUAUCUUUAAGCAGGAGAUCGUCGAUGGAUACCAGGUCGAAGUUCCUGAUUACUGGCUCGACUUCAACCCCUGGGAGUUCAAGCGUCACGACAUUGUCGUUGACAUUCAAUUCUACGGCUAUGUCAGCAAAUGGCAGGAUGACGAAGGCAAACAGCAGAGUGAGUGGGAGGGUGGUGAGGUUGUCCAUGCUGUUGCUUUCGAUGUACCAGUUCCUGGCUACAAGACCGGCACCUGCAACAACCUCCGUCUGUGGGGAAGCAAAGCAGCUAGCGGCGAAUUUGACUUCCAGAAGUUCAACUCUGGCGAGUAUGAGAGCUCCGUAGCCGACCAGCAGCGCGCCGAGACUAUAUCCGCUGUGCUCUACCCCAACGACAACCUUGACCGUGGUAAGGAGCUUCGAUUGAAGCAACAAUACUUCUGGUGUGCUGCCUCGCUUUACGACAUUGUCCGUCGGUUUAAGAAGAGCAAGCGCGCCUGGAAGGAGUUCCCCAACCAAGUCGCUAUCCAGCUCAACGACACUCACCCGACGCUCGCCAUCCCCGAACUCCAGCGUAUACUUGUCGAUAUCGAGGGCUUGGAAUGGGAUGAGGCGUGGAGCAUCGUGCAAGAGACUUUUGGCUACACCAACCACACUGUGCUUCCUGAGGCGCUUGAGAAGUGGUCUGUACCGCUCAUGCAGCACCUCCUCCCCCGUCAUCUCCAGAUCAUUUACGAGAUCAACCUGCACUUCCUCCAAUUCGUCGAGCGAAACUUCCCCAAGGACCGUGAGAUGCUCGGACGUGUUUCCAUCAUCGAGGAGUCGCAACCCAAGAUGGUCCGCAUGGCCUACCUUGCUUUGAUCGGCUCACACAAGGUCAACGGUGUGGCCGAGCUACACUCUGAUUUGAUCAAAACCACCAUCUUCAAGGACUUUGUCAAGAUCUAUGGGCCUGACAAGUUCACAAAUGUCACAAACGGCAUCACCCCACGAAGAUGGCUGCACCAAGCUAACCCCAGGCUCUCGGCAUUGAUUGCCUCCAAGCUGGGUGGAUACGAGUUCUUGAAGGAUCUCACUCUGCUCAACAAGCUAGAGGCAUUUGUCGAUGACAAGGAGUUCCGCAAGGAGUUCGUUGACAUCAAGUACGCCAACAAGGUGCGACUUGCAAAGCACAUCAUGGAGCACAAUGGCGUAAAGGUCAACCCAGAGGCACUCUUCGACGUCCAGGUCAAGCGUAUUCACGAGUACAAGCGCCAGCAGCUGAACAUCUUUGGUGUCAUUCAUCGCUACCUUCAAAUCAAGGCCAUGUCCCCUGAGGAGCGCAAGAAGCUGACUCCUCGUGUUUCAAUCUUCGGAGGCAAGGCUGCACCAGGGUACUGGAUGGCCAAGACGGUUAUUCACCUCAUCAACAAGGUCGGAGACGUUGUCAACAACGACAAGGACGUUGGCGAUGCCCUCAAGGUCAUUUACCUGGCCGACUACAACGUCAGCAAAGCAGAGAUCAUUUGCCCUGCCAGCGACAUCAGUGAGCACAUCUCAACUGCCGGUACUGAGGCGUCAGGUACAAGUAACAUGAAGUUCUGCCUCAACGGCGGUCUGAUUAUUGGAACCUGUGACGGUGCCAAUAUCGAAAUCACCCGCGAGAUUGGUGACCAGAACAUAUUCCUUUUCGGCAACCUUGCUGAAGAUGUCGAGGACCUCCGCCACGCACACAUGUACUCCAAGUACGAGUUGGAGCCGUCGCUUGCCAAUGUCUUUGACGCGAUCCGCGAUGGCAAAUUUGGAGAUGCUGAUCAGUUCUCCGCCCUCGUCAACGGCAUUGUCGAUCACGGCGACUACUACCUGGUAUCGGAUGACUUUGCGUCAUACAUCAAGACACAGGAGCUCAUUGACGAGAGCUACAAGAACACAGAAGAGUGGACUACCAAGACCAUCACCACUGUCGCGCGUAUGGGCUUCUUCUCCAGUGACAGGUGUAUUGAUGAGUAUGCCGAGGCUAUCUGGAACGUCGAGCCGCUCCAAGUCAAGAGCGACCCUGCUCCGUAAAUGAUGAGUGGGAGCGAUGCAAGGCAAGGAUUUCAUGGUAGAUGUUAGAUGGUAUCCUAGAUCAGUAGAUAGGGACGUUCUCGUUUAUGAUGAUGAUAAUGAACAUCUACUUUGUCUCCUUG